AUGAGAAGUGUGAUGGUCGCAGCUUGUAAUAACAUACUUCUUUAUCGAGUGGCAUGUUUUUCUAUUUUUAUAUCGUCUUUUAUUGUUUUUGUCCAGGCCGAAAAGCAUUUGAAUGCUAAUGGGCCGUUUGGAAAACGUCAUGAAUUUCACAAUGAACCAAGUCCAUAUGCUUGUAAUAGAGGAGCAGGUAUUUCUUCUUCAAUUUUUCAUCGACGAAGUAAAGUUGUACAAGAUCUACAAGUAUCUAAAACAGUUUAUAUGAGCAGUGAACAAAUUCAAGUGACAUGGACACCAAUAUCAGCAUCAUGUAAAGAUGAUUUUAUUGGUAUUUAUUAUAUUGAAAUUUCUCUUGCUACCGCUUGUGAUUAUUUCGAUUAUGAAUUUGUUAAAAAUAAGCAAGGUAGUAUGUCAUGGCAAAUGACUAAUCUUCGUCGUCCAUUAGAAUUUCGUUAUUAUUCACGUGAUCAUAGUUGUUCAGGCAAUUAUUCUUUUAUUGCUAAAUCUCCUGUUAUUCAACCACUUAAUUAUAAUGAACCAACACAAAUUCAUUUAGCUUAUGGUGAUAGAAUUGAUCAAAUGUUUGUUUCAUAUUUAACUAAUUCAUCAGAAUAUAUUCCUCAAUGUCAAUAUGGAUUAAGUCCAUCAUCUCUAAAUUUUAAUCAAAAUGGAACAACAAUAACAUAUACAGCAUCAGAUAUGUGUGAAGGAAAAGCUAAUAAAUGGGGUCCACAAGCAUUUAUUGAUCCUGGAUAUAUGCAUACUAUUUUAUUAGAAGAUCUUCGUUCAUCAACAACAUAUUUUUAUCGUGUUGGAACAAAUGAACAUGGAUGGUCAUCUAUUUAUUCUUUUAUAAAUCGUCCAGCAGAUAAAAAUGAAGCUGUAAAUAUGAUUGCAUAUGGUGAUUUAGGUUUAUCACCAGUUGAACCAGGUGCAAAAUCAACUAUUGAUCGAGUCAUAGAACGAGUAAUAUCAACAAAUUUUACAUGUUUAUUACAUAUAGGUGAUAUUAGUUACGCUCGAGGUGUUGGUGCUCUAUGGGAUGCAUUUAUGACGCAAAUUCAACCAAUAGCAGCUCGUAUACCUUAUAUGGUAGGAAUUGGUAAUCAUGAAUAUGAUCAUGUAAUGGGUGGAGAUAAAGAUCCAAGUGGUGCACCAGGUCCUGGAGGAUUUCGACCUAAAUGGGGUAAUUAUGGUUAUGAUUCGGGUGGUGAAUGUGCUGUUCCAAUGGUUCGUCGUUUUCAUUCUCCAUCAAAUGGCAAUAGUCUAUUUUGGUAUAGUUUUGAUGUUGGUCCAAUUCAUAUUAUUUAUUAUUCAACAGAACACGAUUUUCGUCAUACAUCACAACAAUAUACAUGGAUUGAACAAGAUCUUCGUUCAGUAAAUCGUUCACAUACUCCAUGGAUUAUUGUUGGUUCACAUCGACCAAUGUAUGCAUCAGAAACAGAUGAACCAUAUGAUUUUAUUAAAAUAAUGUUACAAUUUUAUUUGGAACCAUUAUUCUAUCAAUAUCAUGUUGAUAUUAAUCUAUUUGCACAUAAACAUUCAUAUGAACGAACAUGUCCAAUGUAUAAACAACAAUGUGUAUCAGAUGGUAUAACACAUGUCUUAAUUGGUAUGGCUGGACAAGAUAUAGAUUCUGGUGAAUAUUCAGGUGCAGAAUGGAGUAUCUAUCAUGAUCAACAAUAUGGAUAUAGUCAAUUAUGGGCCAAUCGUACAUAUUUAAAUUUUACAUAUUAUCAUAAUGAUAAUGAUACACUUAUUGAUCAGUUUGUACUUCAAAAAUAG